GAGAAGCGGCAGGCUGAACGUACCAUCCCCAGACCUGGGGGUGUUGCGGCGGUGACGGCGGUGGCGGCAGCUGGAGCCGCCGAGCCAGAUGGCUGCGGUGGGGCCGAGGUCCGGCCCCAGUGCCGGUGCGGAGGCUCUGGCCCUGGCGGCUGAGCUGCACGGGGAGGCGACGUGCUCCAUCUGCCUGGAGCUCUUCCAGGACCCCGUCUCAAUCGAGUGUGGUCACAGCUUCUGUCGCUCCUGCAUCGCCCGCUGCUGGGAGCGCCCAGGGAUCCCGGUGUCGCCUGCCCCCCGCGCCCUGCCCUGUCCUCAGUGCCGGGAGCCUGCCCGCCCCAGCCAGCUCCGCCCCAACCGCCAACUGGCCGGGGUGGCCAGUCUGCUCCGCCGCUACAGCCUCUCCCCGUCAGGGGACGGGGACGGGGAGGGCGUAGGGAGCCUGGUGUCGGGCUGCGUCCAGCACGGGGAGCCUCUGAAGCUCUAUUGCCAGGAUGACGGACGGGCCAUCUGCGUGGUGUGCGACCGCGCCCGGGAGCACCGCGCCCACGCCGUGCUGCCACUGGACGAAGCGGUGCAGGAGGCCAAGGAGAUGUUGGAAUCCCGGCUAGGUGCCCUGAAGAAAGAACUGGAGGAGUUUGAAGAUUUUAAGUCCAUGGAGGAGAAGGAGAGCCGGGAGCUCCUGAAGCAAGUGACUGUGGAGCGGGAAAAGGUAGGGGCUGAGUUCCAAGCACUGAGGGCCUUCCUGAUGGAGCAGGAAAGCAGGCUGGUGGGACGUCUAGAAGAGCUGGCCAGAGAGGUAACCCAAAGGCAAACUGAGAACCUGAACCAGCUUGGUAGCGAGAUCUCCCUGCUGUCCAAACUCACCACUGAGAUGGAAGAGACAUCCCACAAACCUGACCUGGAUUUCCUUCAGGAGUUCAAGAACACAUUAGGCAGGUGUGACAAUGUGCCUGGUCCCAAACCGGCCUCAGUUUCUUCUGAGAUGAAGAGUAAAGUUUGGAAUAUUUCACUCAAGACCUUUGUUUUGAAGGGACUGCUAAAGAAGUUCAAAGAGGAUCUUCGGGGAGAACUGGAAAAAGAGGAGAAAGAUAGAUCCCUGUACCAGGCACAUUGGGGGGGAGAGACAGAAGAAAGGAAGAAACAUGGUCCCUGCCCUUGGAGAGCUCCUGUGGAAUUGACGUUGGAUCCUGACACAGCCAACCCUCGCCUCAUCCUCUCACUGGAUCUCAAGAGUGUCCGCCUGGGUCCACGCCCCCAAGAUCUGCCUCCUAAUCCCCGGCGCUUUGACACGAAUACUCGAGUGUUGGCCUCUCGUGGAUUUUCUUCUGGCCGUCACCAUUGGGAGGUGGAAGUGGGCUCAGCUGAUGGCUGGGCCUUCGGGGUAGCCCGGGAAAGUGUACGGCGUAAGGGCCUCACCCCCUUUACUCCUGAAGAGGGCGUCUGGGCUCUUCAACUCAAUGGUGGGCAGUACUGGGCCGUGACAUCUCCUGAGCGCACCUCGCUGAGCCCUGGGGGGCGGCUGGCCCGGGUUCGGGUUGCACUGGAUUUAGAGGCUGGUGCAGUGUCUUUCUAUGCUGCUGAGGACAUGCGACACAUCUAUACCUUCCGAGUGGCCUUCAGAGAACGAGUCUUUCCCCUCUUCUCUGUCUGCUCUACUGGGACAUACUUGCGGAUCUGGCCAUGAGAUGGGGCCAGAGACAAUGGGCCACUAAGAGGAUAGGGCUAAUUCAGGCCUCUGGGGUAUUGGCAACUGCUGGAAGUUGAUCCUGCACAGGUCUCUCCCCAACCCCUGGCUUCCCACCUGGCCAGACCUAACUUUGUUUUCUCUGAGAUGGGAUACAAGCAACAAGUUAAUGUUGUAUGUAUAGGCCUCUUCCGAAUCUUGGCUUCUUAUUUGCUGUGCACUGGCAUUAUCCCUUCUCUAGCCUCUGGCUGAGGCUUAUUUCAAGGAAGCCAGAUUAUCUCAUAAAGGUCUUCCCCUUUCCUUUCCUUGUUCUAGGCUACCUUUUCACCAGUACUUAUCUGUGGAUAUAACCUUGAGGCCUGUGGAUGCUGGGGACUUUGGCCAACCCUCCCCAUAGCCUCUUUUGGCAGGUGGCAACAACUGUGGCCAAGUAGCAAGUUUAGGCUGUCUGUUUCUGGUCUUGCUUCAUCUCUAGAUUUUAAAAGUAUUCUGUGUCUCCUUUCUCUGGCUGUUGAUACUGGCUUUUGUCUCAGCUUUCUUCUGUGUCUCCAUUUUUCUCAGGACCUUAGAAGGUGUUGGGGAGAGCUAGUAGGAAAUGAAAGAGGGACUAGCAAAAUUCUCCUACACUAGGGGUCAUUUUCCCCAGAUCUCUAUAAGUUUCUACUUCCUUGACUCUCAGCCCUCAGCUAUCCCAACUGAAGAAGAAGGCCUGGGCCUUGGGGAAGGACACUAUUUUCUCUGCUUUGCACUUUUGUCAGGCUGUAGCCAAUAGGAUCAAAAGUAGACUCAAAGCUGAGUGCACUUGGCUGCUUGUCUUUGGACUCAGAGGUCAUCAGUCUUUGUUUCCAAGAUGUCAGUCUGCCCAGACUAGAAUUAGACCCUUGCCCAUGUGUGUGACUAUGCAGCCACUCAAGGGAAUAAAUAUCAACAUACAUUUGGGAAUUCACACUCACACUGCCCCAUAACCUUCCCUCCCUUCCCCUUCUCCCAACUAUAUGAAAGAUUAUCAAUACAAAGACACACCCACCACUGACACAAUAGGGAUAAAUUUCUGCCCCCAAAUGCACAUGCAUAUCUACGCUCAUAAUUUCACAAAUAUAAUCACAGUGUACAAACCCACAGGUACGAAUGCACUCAUAAACAAUAAAUAUUCAGAUAUUUCCUGCCAUAAAUAUAUGCUCGCACUGUUUUACCAAAUGAUGUAAAUAUACUUCUGACACCUUUUUAAGAAGCACAUCUAGAGAAUGUCACACACACAUAAAAGUACUGUCAGGACCUUGAAUCACUGGGUUCUAGGUUCUCCCUCCUGAUCUCCAUGGCCUCUUUACCAGGAUGGUGCCUCAGUUUUCCCAGCUGGUGACACUUCCUGUUCUUGGUGAUAGUGUUGCAGAGGAUGGGGAACAGAACAAGAAGAGAGGAAGAGUGCCUUUCCCUGAUCAGCUCUCCUUUGGAGAGGCAGAAAUAGAGAACAUGAGUUCAUCUUGAGUUAUUUGGUUUCUUGG